UUUGCAAAAGCCAGAAGAGGUAAUUAUGAUGCUAAGAGCUUUUAGAUUGGAAGCUGGAAGGCAAUAAUGAAACUGAAGAAAGGAUGAAUCAUUACAGCCUCUAUUGUUUACCAUUUAAGCUCUACCUCCUCCCUGGCAUGCGAAGAUGGAAUGGGGAUUAUGGUCAGUAUCACACGUUGUUUUUGCCACUGCUUCUUCCUCAGGGAGAGGAGUCCCUCCCCUUCUCCUGCAUGGUGUUCCUCCCACAGGAAACAGUCCUCCAUGAACUUCUCCAAUGUGGGUCCUUCCCAUGGGCUGCAGCUUUUCAAGAGCUCCUCCAGCACCGCUCCCCUUCCAUGGGGUACAGUCCUUCAGGAACAGGCUGCUCCAGUGUGGGUCCUCCACAGGGUCACAAGUCCUGUCAAAAAACCUGCUCCAGCAUGGCCUCCUCUCUCCAAGGAUCCACAUGUCCCUUCCAGGAGCCUGAUCCAGUGCAUGCUUCCCAUAGGGUCACAGAUUUCUUUUGUUCAUCCACCUGCUCCAGCAUGGGUCUUCUCUACGGUCUGCAGGUGGAACUCUGCACCCUCAUGGACCUCCAAGGCUGCAGGCCACAGCUGCCUCACCAUGGUCUACACCACAGGUUGCAGGGAAAUCUCAGUUCCAGCACCUGGAGCACCUCCUGCCCCUCCACUGGCUUUGGUGUCUGCAGAGUUGUUCCUCUCACAUAUUCUCACUCCUCUCUUUUCUGGCCACAAUUACAUCUGCACAAUAAUUUGGGAUUGGGUUUUUUUUCCCUUUUAAAACACGUUAUCCAAAAGAUGUUACCAACUGUCACUGACUGGCUUGGACUUGGCCAGUGGUGGGUCAUUCUUUGAAUCUCCUGGCAGUGGCUGUCAGACAUGGGGGAAGGUUCUGGCAGCU